CGGCCUCUCCUUUUCUUUCUCCGCUCUCCCGUCGCGGGCCCCGCCCUCCGCUCGCUUCGGUGCCUGUCAGCGAAGGGAUCGGCCUGGCUCGCCUCGGCCCGGCCUAGUCCGGCCUCCUCCUCCGCGGGGCGGAAACCGGAGAAGGAUAGACCCCCCCCCCGCCGAGAGGCACGGAGCGAAGGCAGCGUCGCCAUGGGAACCCGCGACGACGAAUACGACUAUCUCUUCAAAGUUGUGCUGAUUGGAGACUCUGGGGUGGGAAAGAGCAAUCUCCUCUCUCGCUUCACACGCAAUGAGUUCAACCUAGAGAGCAAAAGCACCAUUGGUGUGGAGUUUGCCACCAGAAGCAUUCAGGUGGAUGGGAAGACGAUAAAGGCGCAGAUCUGGGACACCGCUGGCCAGGAACGAUAUCGUGCCAUCACCUCCGCAUACUACCGUGGAGCUGUUGGGGCGCUUCUGGUUUACGACAUUGCCAAGCACCUGACCUAUGAGAAUGUGGAACGUUGGCUGAAGGAACUCCGGGAUCAUGCGGACAACAACAUCGUCAUCAUGCUAGUUGGGAACAAGAGUGAUUUGCGUCACCUGAGGGCUGUGCCCACAGACGAGGCCCGUGCUUUUGCAGAAAAAAACAACUUGUCUUUCAUUGAAACGUCAGCGCUUGAUUCGACAAAUGUAGAAGAAGCUUUCAAGAACAUUCUCACAGAGAUCUACCGCAUCGUGUCUCAGAAGCAGAUUGCGGACCGAUCUGCCCAUGACGAAUCUCCUGGAAACAAUGUGGUGGACAUCAGCGUGCCCCCCACCACCGACGGACAGAAAUCCAACAAACUCCAGUGUUGCCAGAACCUGUGACCUCCUGGGGCACGCUCCUGCCUCACAUUGCCUGUGCUUCACUUAGAAACUCGUGUGCACUCCUCCUCCGGUGUCUCCUGUCAUUUGGUGACUCUUGUUUCAUUUUCACAACCCCAUUCCACCCCACCUCUUCCCACUCAUUUUAGAGUGUUACCCAUAGGGCUAGCAUUCCUUCGCCACUCCUGUUAGAAUCUGUUUUGUUUCUCAAACUGAGGGGGUGGAAUUAUAAAUACUGAGAUGGUUGGGGUUUGGUGUUACCUUGCUUAUGAAACACCCACAGGACACACUGACAACCCCCCCCCCCCAAAAAAAACACUUUUAACUUUCUUUUCCCUGUUCUCACUUGUGUGAACAGGAGACUUUUUUGUUGUUGUUGAUGUUGUAAUGGCAGAAGAAAUAACUGCACUUGGGGGCAGGGACUUAGAUUCUUCCACAGUUGCCCGAUAAAUCAAAGCCAAGAAAGACCCAUUCCACCAAUGCUUGCUUUCCAGCUGUCUGGGAGAACACCUGGGAUUAGGUUUCUACUGCUCAUGCGCACACAUGCACCUCAAAAAGCUGUUCAAAAGACCUCUUCCCCCAUUAAUGCAGAGGUGGUCUCGCACUGUAGUUCUCCCUGCUGUCAACCCAUGGAAGCAUUUACUUCCAUGUCUUCUGUCUCUUUGUUUUCCAGAUUGGGAACAAUGAAAUAUGUCUUUGCAUUAUGUUUUUGUUCCUCCCUGACUGUGCGGAAGCUGUAUAUGAAGUGGCUUCUAGUGCUCCCCCCCCCCCGAGCUUUUUGUUAAUCAGCCUCUGUACAAUUAAGUGCCAGCCUAAUGGCUUUGGUAGAACCUUCUUGCAGUCUGUAGACAUAAUGCUGCUUUGCUCUGUAGAGAAAUCUUUCCUUGGAGACCUCCCAGAUUCUGUCUCUCUCUCUGCAUGCUGUUCUAUCCCCCAGUCUCAUCUCUCUUCCCCUCUCCUUCCUUGUGCGUGCAGAAAACAAACUAGCCCUGGAGUGAGUGUGAAGCAAUAUUUCUCAUGCCAUGCACAUAACUCACACUGAUAAGGUUCCCAACUGAUUAUAAUUGCAGAGAACUUUUUUGUAACGCUUUAGGCAAAAGCAUCUCAGAGCUGAUUGCUGUCUCCCUCGUAGGUCAUCUGCUUUACUUCUGCCCCCCUCUCCCUUUGUGCUGUUGCUGCUUCCCUCAUCUUGUUCUCCUGAAUGGUUCUUUUUUCUAGAAAGACUUGAUUUUUUUUUUUGUUCUAAAUGAUUGUAUUACUUAAUAUGAUGUAUCAGAACUCUGACAUCAUGCAGGGCUAAAACACCACCAAAACUUAAAACAAACGAACAAACAAAAAACCACAACAGAAUAGACAGGAAAGGCUUUUUUCUUCGCUGUUGUUUCUCAUCUUCUCUAGCCCUCCCCAGCCUAUCCCUUUACUAGUGGAGAUCUGUGUCGGGUUUUCCUUGUCAUCUCUUGGGAGUUUUGGAAGGGGAAGGAGGGAAUGGUUGUUGGGUAGGGAGAUGGGAAUUCCCAUGAUAGGCUAAAAUCUGGGGUUGCUGCCUAGUAGUACGGGAUUUUUUUUUUUAGAAGGUUGAAUCCUGCUUCCUUGACUCUGUGUUGUUUGCCACAUUAGUGUGUGGGGAUAUAUUUGUAUAUGUAGACAGGUGCAGGAUAGGGGCUACUGGCUGCAGUCAGAUGCUGUUUUUAUGAUUGGAAUUAAGAAAAAGACCUUUUGGAAGUUAGGCAAAGGUGAUCCCAUCGAAUUUUCCUACUGCUCAUCUGGUUCUGCAGUUUUUCCUCAGCCUAUAAGAAUGAGUGUAGGACUGCGCUCAUCUUGAUCUCAUCUGUCCAUUGGGAAGUUUAACUGUUUGGCCGGUCAGGAGCAUCCUUGGAUUUGCAGUCUCUUGGGAAGGAAAUAUCUGGCUUAUCCAUUGAGGCCAGGCUGAAGCAGGAGAGGGUCCCUGAUUGGGGUUUUGUGGCCUUGCUGCUGAGUCAUAAAUGUGCGUGAGAGACCCAGAGGGGGGAGCUAACAGUGCUGUUUGCCUAGGCUGCAGAGUGGUACUGCACCGUGUCCAAGGGUUUCUUCUGGGUCUGAUAAAUUCUCUUGCCGUGGGGGUGGGGGGCGAAGCUCUGAGCAGCCUGAGCUUUAAUGUCUGCAGCGGCUGCUUUGACCUUCUGAGCUGCCUUUUCAUUGGCCGCCAGCACUGUCUCUGGGACAAUUCACUUGCCGCUGGCAAAAGGGAUGUCAAUGCAGUUGGGUUUUGUGUGUGUGUUCCCUCCUCCAGUAUUCUGAAGGAUUUGUUUUUCCCUCACUUCUAGCCUGGUCUCUUCCCCUCCUCCAGAAAACCACCAAAAACAUAGCCACUAUAAUUGGGAUCUAUAAGGGAUCUAUAAUUGGGGAGGGAAACACAGUUGCAUUUGGCUAGGUGUCCACACUCCCCAUCCCUUCAAGGAGGUCAGACUUUUUUUGAGUUGAUAUUGAAGUUCAAGACUCCAGUUCUCCUUAUCUGGGGUAUGAGCUUCCACUUUAGGAGUCUAAAAGAAUAACAAAGGUGAGAGGGGGCACAAUUGAAGGGCAGUUAGACAUCCAGCACCAUUUCACACUUAACUCUUGACAGAUCUGCGUUACUGAGCAUUGGACGGGAGGCUAUAAGUGAUAUUUCCUGUAACUGGAGAUUAUCCUCACUGACUGAGACACACUCGUGUGUUCCUGAAGAGUAAUUCCAGGAUGCUGCUAGUUGAGCUUUGGGGCUUACUAGAGUGUACAAGGAUUAUAUUGUUUGGGAGGGGGUCAGGGAAGAGCAGGUGGAGAUCACAGGUUCUAAGUUAGGCAAAAUAUGAUCCCAUCUAAGCAAAUGACGGUUGCAGAAUGAACCACUUACUCCCAUGUUCCUCUUCUUAAACCUUGAUUCCUUAGCCGUGUAUUUCUACUGUAGUCAGGAUCCUGGCCGAAGCUGGUGCAAACAGGCAUGGUAGGAGUGAGGGGAGAGCUCUGCAUCCCUCUGUAUGCCUGUGUUUUGAGGUGAGGCCUUUGUUUCUGUGGGGGAUUUACUGCUCCCCUGCAGCCCUCCGGCCAGGGUCUUGUGAUGAAAACCCCAGACCUGCCAGAGAGAGAGAAUGAAACUUAUUUUCCCUCUGGGGCACUGAUUGGGGGUGGGGGAGUCCUGAGAUCGGAUAGGGCUGGGUUUAUGCAGGGGGGACAGUAGGCAGGCAGGCAGACAGCAGAACUGUGCUCGAAUUCUUUCCCAUGCAUUCUUUGUGUAUUUUUUUUUCUUGGUCCUUGCUCAGACUUGAGAGGGACGGAAAGCUCUUUCCGUAUGCUCUUAUCCCCUUUCUUCCCCUUGGGCUGAAUAUCUUUACCUCUCCAGCAUGUCCAAGCUGUUGUGAGAGAACAGGGAUGCUAGAGCAAUCCUUGGCCCUCAGCAACAGGUGCAGCCCCUUUUCAGUCUCUGUUUUUUCAACAGAGCAACACGUCCAUUCCCACACUGAUGAUGGAGAGGUUGCAGGUCUUGUAUGUAAGGCCGCUCUCUUUUCCAACCAUGACAGAACCCACUACAGCGGUCUGAGCGAGUGGAGCGGGGUGGAUCCAGAAAGGGGCCAGGGAUAUAACAAAGGACUCCUUUAGCAGUACUGCAGCUUGUCACAGGUGUGGGCAGGACAUCGACCAGGCUCAGUGGCUCUUCUGUCACUUCCUACUAUUGAAGAGGAGGCCACUAAACACUUCACAGGUCACUUUGGGCUGUCGCAUUGGUUUUGUGGGGAAAAGAUUUUUUUUCCUUCUCAUUUGCUUCCUGCUGACUCUUCUGUUAAGUGCAAUUUCCCUUGUAAAUACUCAUUUGACUUUUGUGCAUGGUUAUUAUGUAUUGUGGAUAUAAAGAUUGCCAAACCAA